AUCUUAACCAAUUUUAAGUGUACAGUUCAUUAGUGUUAACUGUAUUCACAUUGCUGUGCAACAGAUCUCUAGAACUUUUUCACCUUGCCAACCUGAAACAAUACCCAUUGAGCAACUCCCCAUUUCCCCAGACUACGCCCCACCCCAUGGAUAUUUACCUUUAAAAAAAUGGGAAAGUAGUACAGUUCUUUAGUAAAACCUUUUACAAAUAUGAUUAUUUUCCUCUAAACCUGUAGGUUUUUAAGGCCCCAACUCCAUGCUAUUUUUUGGCUACUAAUCCCAGACCAUGUCCUUUAAAGAAUUUCAGGUAGCAAAGCACCUAAAGGGGUGGCUGUUUUUCUAGAACAAAGUGAGAGUUUUGGAAUGAAAUACAUUCCACACACAAAAUAAUGACCAUUUUAAGGUAUUCCCUGGACCUGUAAUUUGGUAAAGUGAAUGCCUUCUCAAGCCUGGUGAGACCCCCCGCCCACCAUGCAGAACUACAGCUAAUGUCCUGUGUCUGGGGUCUCAUCCAGCUGGGCUCUACCCUCUGGCUGAACCUGUUGCCGAGCAGAAACACUUUGUGUGAGCCUGUUCAGUUCAGAGCUUUAGGUUCUGCUUUCUGGCCGUGAGAAUUGUUGUAUAAAAAACUUGUGGGAGGGAAUUCCCUGGCGGUCUAGUGGUUAGGACCCCACGCUUCCAAGCCCAGCGGCACGGCCAUAAAUAAAGAAAGAAGGAAUAGGAGGGCGUGCUUAGGGUUUAAAAAAAAAAAAAACUUGUGGGUGAGAGAAUAGCAAUGCAGAGCGAUAAAGAGUGCUAGACUUUUGAUCUUUUAAAGAAGACCUACAGGCUGGUUUCUUUACUAUUGAUUGGGAAAUACCUGAUUUUGUUUUUAAAGCUCUGUGCUCUCAUUUGUAUCACGUGUUCGCAAAGAGUACAUUCUGAAUCAUUUUCCUUUCCUCUUGCAGCAAGUGCUCAGAUAUUAAACACACACACACACACAUUCAAAAGAGGAAACAGUCGGAUAGGAACUCAGAAAUCAUGUGACUGAUGACUAAGUUAAAUUUUUUCUACUUAUUAAAAAGGAAGAGUCUGAUGAUUAGUUACUGACUGUCCUUGCAUUUUUAAAGUUUUGAAGAUACUGAAUCAUGUUCCCAUUUAUGCUUUUUUCCGCCCUGUUUUCUUCCACAUUUACUGAACCUGGAGAGAAACGCUGGAUCUGUAACUCCUCUGACACAAGUGUUUGGUACUCCUACUGUGAUAACUUGAAAUUCCCUAUUUCAAUAAAUGCCGAGCCCUGUAUAACAUUGAAGGGAGGCCGUGGAAAUCUGUAUCUUUACUACAUUCCAAGAAGAGACAUAAAAAGCUUAUAUUUCAAUAUCUAUGUAUCUUUUAAGUCCGUGAAUUUCCCAGUGCGCAAACAAGUUAUUUGCCGAGGAUCUGAUGAUGAUUAUUCUUUUUGCAGAGCUCUGAAGGGAGAGACUGUGAAUACAACAAUAUCAUUCUCCUUCAAGGAAAUACGAUUUUCUAAGGGACGAUACAAUUGUAUUACAGAAGCCAUUGCUGGGAACACUGAAGAAAGGCUCCUUUGCUUGAACUUUACCAUCAUAUACCACCCUGAUUUCAGUUAGAAUAAAUCGAGUAUACGUUUUUAUUUUUCAAA